AUGAAGGAGGAGGAGGAGGAGGAGGAGGAGGGGAGCUCUCUUCUCCAAAAAGGGCCUGAAAGGUUGGAAGAGCGCCAUGUGUGUCUGAGAGCAAUCAAAGUAAACGCAGGGAUGCUGCUUCAAAUCUGCACCCGGAGGAGACGCAUCCCGGGUUCCUCCGUCUCUGAUAACAGAAGGCUGACUGUGUUUUUGUCUCAUCACACGUCCGAGCACAAACGCUUAAACCGCACCGUCCACCACCAUCACCCGCAGCAGCAGCCGCACACUUGGCAGAUUUACGACACAUUGUUUGCUGCAACCAAAACAACCCGCCAUCACGCCGUGUUGAAAUAA